GAAUGGUUUCUAACUGGACCAAAAUUCCACCUCCGCUUUUCAAAAAAGUUGUCAUUGUGCUGAUAGAUGCUUUGAGAGAGGACUUUGUGUUUGGAACCAAAGGUAAACAGUUCAUGCCGUAUAUUACACAAGUUGUGGAAAAAGGGACGUCCUAUAGUUUCAUUGCUGAAGCGAAGCCACCCACUGUGACCAUGCCUCGAAUUAAGGCUUUGAUGACAGGUAGCAUACCUGGUUUCAUUGAUGUUGUUGUGAACCUCAAUUCUCCAGCUCUGUUGGAUGACAACCUGAUAUGGCAGGCAAAAGCAGCUGGGAAAAGGAUAAUAUUUUACGGUGAUGAUACUUGGAUUAAAUUGUUUCCAAAGCACUUCAUGGAAUAUGAUGGAACAACAUCCUUUUUUGUGUCAGACUUUACAGAG